AGUGCAUUAUUAAAAGGGCUGAGGCAUCCCAGAGGAAUGGGCAGAUACACAGGCUCUGCCAGGAGAAAGGAGCAUUCUGAGAAUAAGAGUCUACACACUGUGAAGCUAAGGAUGGUCCUGAGUGGGGCGCUGUGCUUCCGAAUGAAGGAUGCAGCACUGAAGGUACUCUAUCUGCAUGAGAAUCAGCUUCUAGCUGGAGGGCUACAUGCAGGGAAGGUCAUCAAAGGUGAGGAGAUCAGUGUUGUCCCCAACCGGUCUCUGGAUGCCAAGCUGUCUCCAGUCAUCCUGGGCGUCCAGGGAGGAAGCCAGUGCCUGUCGUGUGGGACAGGGCAGGAACCAACUCUGAAACUAGAGCCAGUAAACAUCAUGGAACUCUACCUUGGUGCCAAGGAAUCCAAGAGCUUCACCUUCUACCGGCGGGACACGGGGCUCACCUCCAGCUUUGAGUCAGCUGCCUAUCCAGGCUGGUUCCUCUGCACCGUGCCUGAAGCAGACCAGCCUCUCAGACUUACCCAGCUCUCAGAGGAUGCCAGCUGGGACAACCCCAUCACAGACUUCUACUUCCAGCAGUGUGACUAGGGCAAUGCAUCCCUCAGAACCUACCUGAGCAGAGGCAGCUCAGGUGGGGCAGAGGUGGAGGAAGACACUGAUGGCAGCCACCCACCAUCUGCUCUCAGGGCCUCACCUCUGGCUGGCACUCGGCCACUCUCCUUUUUGAUUCCCAGUUUAGGUAAAUCCUUCUGAGAUUUGGGGCUUUGUCCACAUUUUCUUCCCCUGUUGAGUGGUGCUACUUGUGUGGAAUCUUGCAAAAACCACUCAAGAUGAAUUGGAAAUUACAUAAAAAGGUUCCUAAGGGGUCAGGGUUGGGGGAAUUGUGGAAAUCCUUCAUGCUUCAUGGUAACUUACCCAGUAGUCCGGAGCCCCACAGGCCAGCCCAUCCCAAGGUGAGCCUAUUAGGGCCACCAGCUGCUCACAUGAAGUCCUGUCAUCCACCAGUAUGCAGAAUAGGGAGGUCAUAGAGUUAGGGACCCAAGGCCCAGCCGCAUCCCUCUUCCUUAAAACUCAGCUGCCAUCAUAUUCUAUCUUUUCCAUGUCAACCCUCGUGCUCUAGCCAUGGCAGGAGAAGGUGGUGAUGUCCGAGGAAUGACUCCAGCUCAGAAGGCUGAAAAAUGUCCAGGCAUUACCUUUUGAAGCCUGAGGUACCAUUAAAAUCCAAGAUACUGGUAUCUAUUCCCAUAAAAAGUUGCUCGUGGCAUUCUAAGUGAGAAGAGCAAAUUACAAAGUAGCAUAUCUUGUAAUUUCAUUUUAAUUUAAAAAUAUCUAUCUAUAUAUGUCUGCAUAGAGGUCUGAAAGAGUUUACUUCAAUUUUAGCAAUAGCAAUUUAGCAAUUACCGGUGACUUUUCUUUUUGUUCUUUUAUUUAUUUGCAUUUUCUAAUUCUUCCAUGAUGAAGAUGGACUCCUUGUGUAAUAAAUAAGUUAAUCUUGGGGAAAACAGAGCAGACAAUAUUUGUGACCAUCCUUGGCACUCCCUGAGUGAAAUUCAAAUUGAAUUGAACUCUGCUGGUCAGCAGAAGCAAGAAUCAGAACAUAGAUCUCCUCAAACCUGCAAAGAAAGAGAAUAUGAUGAGUUAGCAUGGUUGAAAUCUCCUGGAGAAGGAAUUUAUAGAAAGAACAAUCCUGGGCCUAGAGUGGUCACAGCUCCCUAAGAUUGCAAGGUGUGGGUUUCAGCCUCCAAAGGAUCCUGUGCUGGUUGAAAUUUAUUUCCUUCUGGAAACCUUAGACUGUGACAUUAUUUGGAAUUAGGUUCUUUGCAGAUACAAUUAGUUAAGAGGUCCCGCUGUAUUCGGGUAGGCUCUAAAUCCAACAUGACUGCAUGUGCAAGAAGAGGAGAAGACACGUAGGCACACAGAGACCAGGAAGGCCAUGUGAAGAUGGAGGCAGAUAUUGUACUUUCACUGCAAUAAGGCAAGAAAUGCCAUGAUUGAGGCAACUGCCAGAAGCUAGGAAGAGGCAAGGAAGAAUUUUUCCCCAAAGCCUUCAGAGGGAGGAUGGCCUUCUAGUCUCCUGAACUGUGAGAGAACAAAUUUCUAUUGUUUUGAACCACCAGCUGUGUGGUAAUUGGUUGUGGUGGCCCUAUGACAUUAACACAGCCGUUGCUGAUCCCAUCUCACAUUGUGUGUCUCUUCCCACAUUGUACCCACAUUUUCUCUGUGACCAACAGAAUGUGGCAGAAGUAAUAUUAUGCCACUUUUGAGAUUAGAUUACAAAAGACUCUGCAGCCUCUAUCUUGUUUUCUGUCUUUGUUUACUUGCUCUGGGGGAAGCCAGCUGCCAUCUCAUAAGCAGCCCUAUAAAGAGACCCAUGUGUUGGAAAAUGAAGCCUCCUACCAACUGCCACAUAAGCGCAUUUGGAAGCAGCUUCCCCAGCCCCAGUCAGGCCUUCAGAUGAUACAACUCUGGCCGACAACUUGAUUGCCACCUCAAGAGAAACUCUGAAGCAGAACCACCCUGCUAAGCGGGUCUAGAUCCCCAACUCUCAGAAACUGAGAAAAUAAAUGUUUUUGCUUUCA